AUGCUCCGGACGGAUCCGACCCAUAUCCAAGCAAGGUCUCCACUGGAAUCCUCAUGGCAGAACAGACCUGGUAAGGAGGCAUCAUUGCUGAGGGGAAGGAAGAUGGAAAGACAUGGAGUGAAGUUAAAAGGGCUGCCUACGGAUGAUCAGGAUGAUCAGACUGAUGUUCUACGCUGGAUGCCCUCAGCCCCACCUGGACAUAGAACCUUAAAUCAAAGAUAUAUUAUUAUUUUAACAUUAAACAAGCAAUUUAGUCCGAAGCAGAUUUAUUUAUACUUUGCACUUGUGGUUUCUUAA